UUUAAAUGUGAAAUAUUUGGAAGCUUUUCCUACUUGGUAGAAAGUACAGUGCAGCUUGAUGUGGCAGGUAUGUAUUACAGACAUGAAAAUUCAUAACCAAAUAUAAAUCAAUGCAUUGAACUCAUGUCUCUCAUAUUUCUGAGACCUGGUAAAAGUAAACAAUAGCAUAAAUAUGCACAAACCUUUAUAUGCAGGGCUGAAAGUCACAGGCUAGCUAACCUGACUUUUGGUUAUUGCUUUACUCAUCUGGCACCAAUUACUGGGUUGCUCUGUUAUGCAUAGAUAACCAUUAUUAAUAUGAGUACUGAGAUUUUUUCUUAGCAAGGCUGUCAAUUUAAAAUGGUCAGUCAAGACCAGAAACAAUCCAACUGGCUGUAUGAUUUUGCUAAAUCAAUGAAGGAAAAUAUUGCAUGACCAAUCACAGGCAGCAUGUGAAAUUACAUUGGUGUGAAAAAGAUUGUAUUUCUUUUCAUGCCUGUUAAAGGGACUUGCCAAAGGCAAUGUAAGUCAGCACUGCACCAUUUGCUGCUUUCUGAGGAUCAUACAAUCUUAGAGGUUUGCAGAUGUAAAUUUAGCGAACAGAAUGGUGACUUCCUCAAGUAAUUUCUGAUACUAAGGAGCAAAUUGAGACUUGUCAUUUGACUGUGAUUCAAAGUUGAAAACGUUUGUGAGAUGUCAAUACUCCUGUACAAUUUACCACAUUGUUUGCUUGAAUGAUUUUAUUCACUUGUGAAAAAUCCAAACUCUCUGUUUACUAUGUUCACUUGCUUGUUUUUGAUCCUUUAUGACUCAUGAAUAAAAUUGUUUAAGCUCACCAGCCAUUACUGUACAUAAUCUUCUUUCUUUCCUUUAUUUAAAUUAUGCAUUUAUUAUGUUCUGUUGGCUUAUUUUAACUGUAAUACAAUACCUGUCACACUACUUCUAUUCUCGAAUUGUAUUACGAUAGAAAGAUACUAGGUUAUUAAGGCUUAAAAAUGACAAAAGAAUCAUCAUUUGCAUUUGGUUUUUGUAGCCCAAAGCCAAUCCAUGUCUCAUACUUCACUUAUAGAAAAAAUCCAGGGCCAAACAUCUUGGUUUUUUUUUUAUUUUUUACUAAGAGUGGACCCUCUUUUAACUUUAAGUAAUGGGCAAGCAGCAGUCAGCAUGCCACUGGUAUAUUCUUUUUAUUGCGAAGAAUCCAUAGUUUCUCUUUCAUCAAAAUUUCAGUUCUCUGGGUUGAGGAUGUCUCUUGUAGAUCUUUUGUUAGACCAAGUUCCGAGUAGGGUGUGGCUUGAUUGGCCCUGUUCCUAUUUGUUUGUGCAGUAGCAAAAAUUUUAUCCACUAGAAUGGAAGUAGCUUAGAAGCCAGGGUCUUUAGCCCCAGGCUGGGGCUCUGCUUUAUAAUUGAGUAUGUGAGCAAUUUCUCCAGUAGCUAGUGCCAACAGGUUUACUUGUACUGAAUGAAGUUUGAGCCUCCUUAUACCAGUUGGUUAUUGAGGACCAAUUGCUGGAUGCUUUUGUUUAUUUUACGGAAAUUGGGUAAAUCUUAAGACUCAGUCCAAGUAAGAUUUGCUACGCUAUUUGAGGAAUGAUAUAAUCUAUUUUACCUUUCAGAGGCACUACUUAUAAACAUCUCUUUAAGAGGAAAAUAUUACAUUGAAGGAUCCCCUGUCACCAUGGCUUGUGAAGCUUCUGGGAAACCAUUGCCAGAUGUGGCAUGGAUUAGAAAUGGAGUACUGGAAAGUUCAAGGAAGAAAGCUACCCUUUUAAAGUUCAAUUAUAUAAACAGAACAGAUACAGGACAAUAUACAUGUCGAGCCAAUAACUCAGUGGAAGUCACUUCUAUUGACACAACAAUUGUAGUUCAGUGUAAGUAUAUUUUAACCUUAAUUUUCUAUUUCUGAAUUUACUUUAUUUACAGUGCAAAUCCUGUUACUGGGGUGACAGUUAUCCAGAACUGACAAAUCUGUUCAAAAGUGAAAAGAAACAGAAUUCCACAUCAAAUCCUUUUCGGCUUUGUAUGCAUUGGUCCUAAUUAUUGGUUGGGAUAAUUGAAUUUACGUAGAAUCAUUGCUCAUGUUAUUUUGCAUAGAAGGAUGUGACAUUUUAUAGUAAUUCAUUGCUUCAGUUGGACUGUGUUUAAUUCUGAAAAUGGCUUAAAGCCAUUUCCGAAUCAUUGUGACAUCUCAAAAUUCACUCCGUUUGACUAGUGCACAAGGCUAUUGCAUAUUCUGAUUCUGUGUGAGGGCUCUUGUUGGAGCUUUAUGGAAAGCUGAAAAUUGAUCAAAAUUCUGUCAGCUGAAAAAUUACGUUUUUUUUUUUACUGAUAGCUGAGAUCAGCGCAUAGAUGCGAAAAUUGGCUGAAACUAAAACUGCAUGCCCAAGAUUUGCACACAUAUUUGAAACUGGCUGCUUAUCUUGAUACAGGUAAUCCAAACUAUCGUAUCAGAAUUUCCAAUUUCCAAUUUACGAAAAACAUUUACAACAGAAUUUGAAAGCAUCUUAGCAAUUAUACUAAUAACAGAAGUUAUUCGCCUCGGGCUUGGUGACGAUUGAUGACACAUAACCUAACAUAAUACACAUAACCUAAAGAGUCCCUCUUCCUUUCCUUUUUUCUCUUCUCAUUUCGCUUUACGCAAACUGAUCAUAAUCUUUGUCAUAUCAGCAUUUUUUGUUUUAUUUCAGGAUUUUAGUGUGAGAAACGAAGUUUCUUUAAUCAUAUCCCACUGUUUAACUAUAUCAAUAUUGUAGAGAGUUUUUUGUGAUACGAAGAUCUUACUGGUUAUUGACUUUCAUUAGAUUUGGUGCCUCCUAAGAGCCAUUUUUAGCUACCUAAAGUGCAAUGUCAAUAGAGAAUUAGGUGGAGCAGGGCGCGGUGGCUCCCAAAAGAGCCGCUUGUAAUAUUUUGUUUCAGCACCUCGAGCCUCGAGCCUCCAACACAGCUGAAACAACCUUUCGCAAAAUAUGUUCUAUGUAUUUUGCACGCUUCUCCGGCGUGACCUUCCUCUCCCAGAACUUCUUUAUACAAUUUACAAGCUCCUGCUUGUUGUGAGGUUUUACUUUUCACUCCAAGUAGAACUUGAGUUCACGCCACAAGGUUUCCAUGGGCUUAAGGUCAGGACUCUUCAGAGGGAGUACGCCACCAGUUGAUUUUUUCCUCGUCGAAGAGAGUUUGCGCUCUCCUACUCGUGUGCUUCAGGUCAUUAUCCUGUAUGAACUGGUGCUCGUAACUUUAAUAAUAAUAAUAAACGGAAUAAGCGUCGUCUCUGGAACAUUGCAAAAGAGAUCGGCACCCAUGAUGCCAUCAAAGAUGCAAAUCUUGGUGGCACCCGGUUUACUGAUUCCCCCCACACAUGAACAAUGGAGGUGAGAUCGAGCACUCGUCGCUGAAAAUCAUGUUGUGGAAAGUGUUGCCACCCUCUAAGAUGCGUUGAGCUAGCUCCAGACGCUUGGCUUUUUUGGUGCCGAAUCAGCUGGCAAUAAACAGUCCGCUGCAUAGUAUAACCUUGCUGCUCUCACGCUCUCUUACCGUGGACGAACUGACGAGAAUUCCACGUUUUGCCAGCCUCUUCACUUAACGGGCGCAAAGUCAUGUUUUAAAAUAAAAAUUUAAAGAACAGAGGAGCAGGUUCUGGCACCCUAAUCAGUUAAUUUUAUCUCUUUAGCGGAAAGUUUUAUUGUAUACCUCUCAAACGUUUUGAAACGCACAUCUAAAAUAAAACAAAAAAGCUUCACGGGCCCGUUAAACUACCUGGACUUCCGAUAAACGGGCCCCUGGUGGGAAAAUUGUCCUCUUGGCGUCAAUACUCUGGGGAUUAUGACGAGAGUAGAAAGGUAGUGCCCUCCACGACGACAGCCAAUAUACUUAGUUAUGUGAAGCUGGUUUAGUUGUCGCCACAUUUCACCUAUUUUGGACCACAGAAACCCGAUCAGUCUUCAAUGCACUUCUCGUCCUUCGUCUUUCCAGCUGAGAAAAUGUGGCAGACUUUUGUCGCUAGCUUUAAAGUAGCGAAAACUUCAGCCCAACAGUCUUUGCAACACUUUCAACCUUUCCGUCAGAUUCACAGCAGUCGUUGUGAACAGCCAUAUAACAGCCCCCAUGAUCACUUGCAACGAAUUGCUCACCAGCAUGUUCAGUUAAUGUAAUAUCCAUUCUAUCCCUGUACAAAUAAACAAAUAUUCCUUCAAGUGCAAAGGGUGAAUUCGACCUUUUAUCUUGUUUCGUUGACUUCUUUUUCAAAUAAAAAUUUGAAGGUCGUUUUGUUGCGGGCAAAUUCCGAGGUAAAACGAGUAUCAUUUCACUUUUAUUUAGGUCUUCAGCCAAUGAAAUUAAGGCCUGUUGUAAGGAGGAAAUGCUUUAGAAAAAAUUUGUAGUUGCGCUUAGGUUUAGUUGUUGAUAAUGUAGAUACUUAGAGGAAAUAAACAAAAACUCGGAGUUUUGUUAUUUCAUACAAAGUACCUUCCAAUUCCAAAACGUUUUUCCAUUGGUGGAGAAAGUGUGACAUACCAUUCGUCAAAACUCAUCAAAAGCUCGGGUGCAUCGGGCGAAUUUCUUUCUAUCAGUGCGCAUUUUUUUUCUACAAAAAGUUUAAGCCGUAGAAAACUUCUGUGGUGCCUUCCUGUCAAUCAAGUAAAUUUUAUCUCACUUUAAGAAAGGCUAUUCACACAGAAACCUACCAAAAUAUUUAAUUUUUGUGCUGCAAUCGGGCUGUGAAGACGAAGGACGACAAAGAGAAGAACAAAGAAAAAAAUAGAAUAAAAUAUGAGCAAUAAUUGUCAUCACGAGGCAACAGUUUCCCUAAAGAAUUACAGUUUUUACAUGUUAACAUAACCUUUCCCUCGAACAGAACCUAAAGAAAGGUGUUCAAUUUUAAUGUGAUGGACCUUGUGGUUAUCAAAUAUUUACUUGUUUGCAAGUGCGCACGAAAUAAUAGAAUUUUAAAUUUUAUUGCAGACAAAAUUUGUUUCUGCAAAGCAGAACAACUUUUGUCACCCUAGUAUGUAGGGUACCUAACCCCUUUAGGCAAACAAAAAUUAGAAGUAUUGUUUUUUUUUUAAAUGUAUAUCUUACAAUUUGAAACAAACAGUUUUAAGAAUUGUGUCUAAAAUUUCUAUUUAUUACGAACUUUUUUUUUUGGUCUAAAGUUUAGAACAUAGUGUAUUAAAAAAGUGCAAUAAUUCGGCUGUUGAUUUACUAUGACAAUAUCUAAAACCAUACUAUUCUACCACAAGCACAGUUAUCCAUUUCUGGUUAAAAAAUCAUUUCAAAUUUUUAACAUUUUUGGAUCAGCUAAAAGAGUUAGGUUAACAGAAUAAGGGAACGAUUAAGAAAUCUAAAACCAUAUUUAAAAUAUCGCAUUCAAAAAUAUGUUUUAAGAACUUGAUAACACUUCUUGUUCUUCUCGUACUGGUGUAUUUUCAUUUACUUUCAGCAUCUAAUUACGAUGCUAGUAAGCAGAAAUUGUAGAAAUGAUAUCAAUACAGUAUGGCAAAAUAUCCGGAAUUGUGUCCGAGAGAUCGCCUUCUUUGCAACGUGGUAGAAUUACUAUAGAGGUAUCCAGGAAUUUGUAAUGAAUUCUUACCUUCGUUCAGUUUCUCUAAAGUUUUUCAUUCAAACAAACAGUUUACAUAAUAUUGCCCGUGCACAUUUAAAAUACUUAUCAUCACAAUUGUAGUUUUCUUUAGCCUGAAUCAGACUCUCAGGAAGUAAAACGAGCCACGAUAGUAUGAACACAACCUGACCAAAAUCUCCCUGGUUUUUCGUUUUGGUUUUUCACUCUGCUGCUGCUAAAGCACUUUGCAACAGCAUAUUUGAGGAAGCUUGGAUUUUUGACAAAAAAAUUAAUUUUUGGUAGUGGAGUCGAGCCAAAAGUCCGUGAUGAUUUUGAAGAUGCUCCUCUACCUAGAGGCAUCUAGCUUAUGAGGCCCUUGACUUAAGAUUUCUCUUAGAUUGAUGAAGGGAGGCUCUGUUCCUCAGGAAUUUCUUAUAUAAAUAUAUCAUCCUGGUACCAAUUGAGGAAAAUAAGGAAUGUCUUAGAUUCAAAUUGGGUUUCCGCUUUUUUGCGAGAUGAGAUCCUCUCACGUGUAGCGUCUAGGGCACUGUUGCACUCGUCUCCUUUCUCAAAUCCAAGGAUAUUCAUCAAAAAUUUUUCAUGAGCGACAACGUUUUCAUGUCCGUUAAAAUAUAAAGCUGGACUUCACAAAUUGCUCAUUUUUAUUAAAAGAGAAUUUGAAAGUAGCUAUCCAAGUAACAACAUAGAUGGUGUUAUUUUUCUUGCCGCAGUAAUGCAAUUAUUUUUCAGUGUGCAAUGUUUAAGUUAAAGUAUUUUGCUUAUAGUCAGCAUUCUAACCAUGGGUGAAUGACUUGCUACAAUUUUCCAUCUCAAAACCGUUAUAUUUUCUGCCCAAGGCACUCCAUGGACCGAUACAAGAUUAACCCUUCCUUGUUGCAUUAUCAUGCACUCUCUAGGCUAUUAAAAGGGGUUAUGAUUUAUAACUAGGCGAAAUGUAUGAGCGAUGAAAUAAACUGAGAUUGAGAUUUUGAUUUGAUUUAAAUUUUUAGACAAACCUGAAGGUGCGAGGCUCACGACCGAUGCUGCACAAAAUACCGUCACUGAAGGAGACACUGUUACAUUCAAGUGCAUAAUUAUGGCUGCUGUGCCACAAGUGUCAAUUUACAAGUUCUAUUUCAAUGGCAGCCUCUUACGCGAGAACAGCAACAGUGAGUAUACUCUCAAUAACGUCAAUCGAUCUCAGCACUAUGGCGAGUACAAGUGUAUCCCACAUAAUGACGUUGGAGAUGGAGCAAAAGCCACUGUGAGACUUAACAUAAAGGGUAAGUAGAAACAUAUUUGAGCAUUUUUAAGUACUUUUGAUUUAUAAUCCAAAACAGGAAAAAUGUUUUAUACCAGUUUACAUUGCGUCAAUAAAACUCCCCACACAGUGAAUCAUUACAACCCCGAACAGGGAGGAAUAGAGACCCUGGUAAUGAGGUUGACGUGUUGUGCGUGACGAUCAACACGUGUACUAGUUAGCAGUAUUUUCAGGCAGAUGAAGACUUUUGUUGAUGUUCCUGAUGUUUUGAACAGAAUUUCGAGGAUAGGGAAUGUUUUCUUCAGAUGUAGUGUAUGAUGUCAGUAUCAGUUGAACUGAUAUGUUGUCAAAGUGAAUUCAAAUAUUGGUUUGCGAAAAUGAGCCAAAAUUAAAAAAACCACAAUGAACAACCUCGAGUCAAGAUAUCACCAGUCAAUUAUAUGCUGCCUUCAAUCCUAAUAAGCCUGAGAAACUGCAAGUGGUGUUUGACUGCACAAACCGAUACAAAGGGACAUCGCUCAACGACCAAUCACUCAGUGGUCCAGACUUGACUAACAGCCCGCUUGGUGUCGUCUUAAGAAUUCUUCAUGAGCCAGUACCUCUCUCCUCAGGCAUUGAAGCCAUAUUCCAUCAAGUAAUGGUUGAUCCAAACGAUGGUGAUACCUUGAGGUUUGUUUGGUGGCCUGACGAUGACUUAUCUAAGGAGCCUGUUGAGUACACAUUUUUGGUGGCACGUCUUCACCAAGUUGGAAAAAUUUUGGUCUUCGAAAGGCGGCUCAAUGAAGUGAUCAACACAGUAUUGAAGAACUUUUAGGUGGAUGACUGUUUUAAAUCGGUGUAACCAAUGAACUCGCCAGUAAAUUGAGAGAAGAUUUGUGUGUCCUAUUGUCAAGAGGUGGAUUUCAAUUGGCUAAAUGCUUGUGUAACAGGAGGCAAGUCCUCCAAACCAUUCCAACCUCAGACAGAGCUUCAUCAAUUUUGGAUUUGUGUUCAAAUUCUUGUGUGCUUCCUAUUGAAGUAACCCUUGGUGUUCAGUGCAACAUGGAUAGCGACAUGUUUACUUUCAAGAUGGUACUAAAGGAUAAGGCCUUCACACGAAGAGGGAUUCUAUCAGUGACUAGCUCCAUUUAUGAUCCACUUGGCAUAGAGUCGCCAAUCACCUUACUCGCUAAAAAGCUCCUUCAAGAUCUCUGCAAACAAGGACUCACCUGGGAUGAAGAGAUAGUGGGAAAGUAAUGUCAGUUUUGGAGAUGAUGGCUAUGUGAUGUACCUAUGCUUAUAAGAGUUGCCUUACCAAUAUGUUUGAAAACAAUCGACUUUGGCUGGGUACAAAAUGCAGAGCUUCACCACUUCGCAGAUGCCUCUCAGAUUGCUUAUGGGACUGUUUCAUAUACAAAACUCGUCUUUGAAAAUGGCCGCACCCACUGCAGUCUCCUCGCUGGGAAAUCUCGCUCGGCUCACGUGGAACAGAUGACUAUACCCAGAUUGGAAUUGUCAGCUGCUGUUUUAGCUGUCAGAAUGAAUCAGAAGUUCAACACAGUGUUUUGGUUAGUCUCCAGAGCUGUCCUCCAAUAUAUCACGAGCAAAGAGACAAACGAUUCUACAUGUUUGUGGCCAAUUGCCUGACAGUGAUACAUGAUGGCUCAGAACCUUCCCAGUAGAACUUUGUGCCAACAAGCAUCAACCUAGCUGACGAUGCCAGCCGAGGACUAACGGUAAAGGAGUUAUUAAAGAGGGAGGUUUGGUUCAGAGGCCCUAAGUUUCUCUAGGGAAGUGAAACAUCGUAGCCCACCUAUCCAGUCUCUUUAGUCAGACCGAGCGGUCAGGGUCAAGCUCGAACAAAGCAUGUUACUCUCAUAGAGGGGACCUCAUGAAGGACCACUGAACCUAAUGGUUCUGCAAUAUUCUUCAUGGUUUAAGCUUAAGAAGGGAGUUGCUUGGCGUCUGAGAUUUUAAAAAAAAUCCUUAAGAGCAAGAGGUACUUACAAGAGGAUCCUGUUGAUCCAUUACCUUGUGGACGGCUGUCGAUGGACGAAUUACGACAUGCAGAGGCUCAAAUCAUCACAUACGUGUAAAAAUUAGCUUUCUCGCCAGUGUUUAAUGCCCUCCCAGACUUGAGCCCAGGCGAAUCUGAGAAGCGUAAAUCGAAGAUUAUUGGCUCAUUUGGUUCAGUGUACAAAUUGAGACCAUUUCUGGAUGGAGCGGGAAUAUUGAGAGUCGGUGGUCGGCUUCAAAAUUCUUCAUCAGAUUACCAAUCGAGACAUCAACUGCUGUCACCUUCAAAGCACCAUGUUACCAAACUGCUCAUUAUGGAUGUUCAUUAGUCUGUGGGUCAUCUAGGUCAAGAAUAUGUCCAGACCAGUUUGUGAAAAAAGUACUGGAUCUUUAAGGGACGGGCUGCUCUUUGAAGAGUACUCAGUAACUGUUUGACAUGCCAAAAACAAAAUGCUGCAAAGGGCCAACAAUUGAUGUUAGAUUUACCUGGCAACAAGCUUAUUCCAGAUAAACCCCUGUUUUCUAACGUUGGCAUAGAUUCCUUUGGCCCACUGUAUGUGAAGCAAGGCAGAAGUACAGUUAAAAGCUAUGGUGUCUUUUCUCUUGCUUAACUAUCCGAGCAAUCCACAUUGAAGUGACCGAGUCUCUGGAAACAGAAUCGUUUAUUCGCGCUCUAUGCAGAUUCAUCAGCAGAAGAGGGACGUCAAAAAUGAUAAGAGGUAACAAUGGUAUGAACUUAAGUAGCGGAGAGAGAGAAAUCCCUGAAGCCCUGAACAACUGGAAUCAGCAGAAGGUAGAAGUUUUCCUUCAUCAGAAGAACAUCAAGAGGAAGUUUAAUUUCGCUGGAGCAUCACACAUGGGAGGAGUCUGGGAACGCAUGAUUCGUUUAGUGAGAAAGAUCUUAAGAGCCCUUUUUAAGCAACAAUUGGUUUUAGAGACGCACUGCCAACGUUGAUGGCAGGAAUUGAUGGAAUUCUCAAUGGUUGACCAUUGACUCUUAACGAUGGCAUGCAGUCCUAUUGAUUCACCAUCUUCGACUACUGACCAUUUGUUACUUCGAUGGCAUUUAAAUUUGCCACCAGGAGUCUUCGUUAAGAAUGAUUUGUACUGCCAUCGUCGCUGGAAGCUGGUUCAACACCUUCCUGACGUAUUUUGGAGGAGAUGGUUUUCGUAAUAUCCGUUAAAUUUGCAAGAACGGCAGAAAUGGAUCAGACCACGUCAUAGUUUUGCUUUUGGUAACCUGAUUUUAAUUCCCGAUGAAAGAGUUCACCCCAGUCGGCGGCCUUUGGGUCGCGUUCUCGAAGUUCACCCAGGAAGGGAUGGAUUUAUCCGAUCCGAUGGCCCAAUACUUAAAGUAAACCUAAGGGGUUGGAAUGUAGCAACUAGAAUUUGAAUUUCUGUCUAUUGUCAAGUAACUGCGGAAAUAUUUUAUAUUGUUUUUCUUUCAAUUGAACUACCAUUGUGAUAUUCUGUUUCGAUUCAAUUAAGCCCGCUUUUUUGCAUGAGUUUGUGUAAGAAUUACAUAGUGCUGGUAGCACUUUAUUUCUCGCUAGUACAAGCUUUGUUUUAGUUACAUACUUUUCAUUACUAGUUGAUUUCAGAUAAGUCAGUCUUUUCGUUAAUUUUUGCUAGCGCCGUGUUACUUUUGUUUAAGAGUUUCAUUACCAGACCUGAUCACGCCACAAAUUGUAAGUUCGUUUCUUUCUUAUGUAGCUCUGUCGUUAGUCUUGUUGUUAUAUGUGUACUUAGAUAUUUGUAUUAGUAUUCUAUGUUCUAUUGAGUUCAACACUAAAAAGGUCAGUUUUGCUCUAAGAUUUUAUGGACCUCUCUGUAGUUCUCUGACAUUUUGGGUACUUUUAAGUGAUAGUGUUGACAAUGAUAAUAAUUAUAAUGAUGAUGAUAGUGAUAAUAAUAUCAGUGAUAAUAAUAUCAGUGAUAAUAAUAUCAAUGAUAAUAAUUUUGGUGACGAUGAUAUGAAUAAUAAUAACAGUUCUAGGAAGUAUAGUCUAUCAUACCCUGAACCUCCGUGAAAAAAAUUACUUAAGCUAACUUAUUAUUAUAAUCAUGUGAUUUGAGGUUGGUAUGAUGAUGACAUAAAAUUUAAAAUUGCUUGUCGAUCAUUUUAAAACGUAUUUUGUUUUUUUCCCAGUUCAAACAGUUUCAAGUACAGUUGCCACCUCAUCCCAAACAACUCCUGCAGGUAAAUGUUCUUUUAUAGGCGUUUUCUUUUUUUUAUUACAUGUGAAACUAUGUAAUCAUAAUAGCAUGUUCUUUAGUGUUACAAAAUGAGUUUGAGUAAAAGACAAAGAGUGAAUUAGGUCACUGAAGGCCUGGAACUUAGCGAAGGACUGUAGACUCACAAAGAAUCAUAACAAUGUUCAAGCUGAAUUAUUGUUAGAUGGAACCACUUCUCGGCAGUUUUUGCGAACCAAGGCUCUUCAUGUUUUUCGUAAAUGUAAAAGGACACGGCUUUUCUUCAGCUUCAGAAAGCACAGAAGUUUACCUGACAGCGACGAUACAGGGGAACUGUAGCAGACGUUCAGAAGUUGCUGCGAAAUUUCCAGAAAUGGUUAGAUAAUCUACUUGAUCCGUGUACCGGAGUGUAUAGAAUACUGCCAUAAUAUUUGUCAUUAAAAAGGAAUCUUAAUCAAUCUAUUGUUGACCGAAAUCUCAAUAUUUCUGUUAAAACAAAAUGACAUUUUGAACGAUCUUCAAUAACGAAACAAGUAUUCAAAUUUUCUUUAAAUGUGCUUUUAGGCUUGUCAAAUUGCCUUUAAGUUUGGCUGCUCAUCCGCCAACACCGUGAACACCAGGUAAGGUGCAGUUUGUCUCAACACUGAAACAACAAACGCUAACGCAAAUCUGGGUUCUGGGGCGGAGAGGAGCUUUAUUUCAGUUUGGCGUAUUUUAGUGUUAAAAUUGGUGUUUCUGCUCUAAAAAAUCUUAGUUAAUGCAAGAUAAUCUACAUUUGAAGUACAUUUUAUUUAAUGUACAGCAACAGACUGACACAUAAUGACAUGAAUUAAUUUUAUUUACCUUGGUUUAUUAGAUCAAAAAUACUCUUUUGGUUAAAUCUCAAUGUAUUUUAACACUUAAAAGUCACCAAAGUACAAAUAGAAUGCCGAAUAGAGAACCGUGCCGUAAAGAGCACAAUGCAUAAAUUUUGACUGAUUAUGCAAUUGAAGCCGUGUGGUUACUCAAUUUUUGUCACGCAAGGUGCGCCUUCAUCGAAUUGCUCUCGCUGUAAACUCUGUCCUUUCGGUAACGUACUUUGUUUGGCGCUGGAUUCUUUCUAAUCUUUAGGCUACUCAUUUAUAAUAAGUCAAAACAGACCUCAAGACGCCUAUAUCCCCAAGUGUAACGUUGAGUUAAGUACUGCGGUUCUCCUAAUUCCUAACCUGUUUAACUAUUACUCAAGUAACGUUAUUUAAAUUAAGGUAGCGACAAUUUUUUUCACAGAGCAAAGACAGCAACAAGGUCCUUUAAUGAAAAUGUUAUUUAUUGUAACAAAUGGCUUUGUAUUGUAAUCGUAAUAAGCUUUCAAGGGAGAGAUAAACAAAUAUUAGGAAAAGGAAAUGUAGUUAUAUUCUCCAAAGGUGACAAAUGUUUGAAUAGGUGAAGAAUGUAAAAGCGGAUGAAGAAACUACUUGCAAACCUAAAUGAACUCUUCCUACGAUUUCGUUUUGUAUAAUACCGACUGUAUAAUCAGUCAUAACUUAUGCGUCUUACUUUUUCGGCACAGUGUUCGAUUCGGCAUUUUACAUCCUUCUCCCCUUACCUAGGUGUGGCAGUGUUGUUCUCGACUUCAUGAUGAGCUUCAAUCGAAGUGUAGCCGUCAGCAAUGUUUUGACUGUCCUCUUAGAUGCUGCAAGGCAAGACAAAUUCGGAGGUUUUAAAGUCGAUCCAGAAUCAAUUAAACAAGUUUUUGUACCCACAGAUGGCUCGGAAAGCACAACAAAAGGUAAAUUUUACAAAGAAAUAUUAUUGUUAAAUGUUUACACGAAUUCGUCCUAAGAUGGACUUUUUCAAAUUGUAUUCCGUAUCUGUUUAAUCAAACAACUCAAUUCUGUGAGUCAUAUAUUUCCAAGUUUUGUUUUUGUCGCUGUUGUUGUUUUUAUUUAAUUAGACAAAAUCUUACUUUUAAACAUUUUUAUAGGGAGAGUAGCAUCUUGCUUUUCCUUAGUACCUAGCAAAUAAGAGUUAACGGUUUUCGUUUACGAGCGUAAGCUAUGUAGUGAGAGCAGUGUAUUGACCACGAUCACUGUAAAUGCUGUGUGAAUGUUACCUGAUCAGACUUUGUAAACUGAAUCAUUUUAGGUCCUGAGGAAUGUACCUGCCCAUCUAACAUCGUCUCAUUAGCCAUAAAUGGGGUUCUUGCCUUCAUAAUCGUUCUUCUAAUUAUUUACAUAAUCUGGCUACAUAAGAAAGGUAGGUAAAAAAUUCAUAAUCUAUGAUAGAGGGUUUGGCUGCAAGAUUCUUUAUUAAGCAAAAGGAAAUCUUGACCCACAUUCACAUCAUUUGCCUUUUUUUCCUUUCGUUCUUUUCCAGGCGCUGUAGGGAAACAGAGGUAAGAAUUUGCUGCCACUUGGAUUGUGUCGAUGUAAUGUAACAGAUAUGGUAUCAUCUUCUAACAAACUUCCAUUUAAAACUGAUGAGAUUCUCAGCUCGUCAUAAAUAUUUGUAUGCUUUCUCAAUUGUAGGACUUAUGAAGAUGAAAGAGGUGUUUCCUACGUAAGUUACAGCUAAGACAUUGAGGUCAUGUUAGUGUGGCCUGUAAUUAUGUAAUCUCACUUAACCUCUACUCUCUAGAAGGAAAUAAACGCUUGUAACAAAUAGGAAGGAAAAAAGGUGUAGUUCUACCAAAAAGGCAUAAUGCAUUAAUAACAGGUACAAUAGAGUAUAGGAAGAAGUUUGACUCGAUAAGGUCUUUGUCCUGGGAUCAUGUCCUUUACCAAGCUGCUCCAUCGAUUUUCCUUCGGUUGUCCCUGGUUCAACUGCGUGGUUUCACUUCAUAGAUCGCAAACUGGUCUGCACCCGGUUGAUAUUUGUUUUGUAAAUGAUUUUUUUUUCACGCCGUUUUGGCCGUCUCUUUAUCUUGAUGCCUUAUUUUAAAAGCGUUAGUCCAGGAGCUUAGUACAGCAAGAGUUUUUUUUUCGUGUGUGCAUUUGUCAAAAAAUCGCACUACCAAUCGACGAUCUUCAUGUUGCGGUUUGUAGCUUCAACGAAUAUGCCAUGAACCUCGAUCUCUGCAUUGGAUAUGAUAGUUUCAAUGGCAGAGAACAAAGUGUUAGUAAUAAUAAAUAUUAGUAAUAUUUAAGGACAAGAGAUUAUAAACUAUUAAUAAUCUCUUGUUAUGAAAUAAUAUAAACGCUUGUCUGAUGAAAACGGGUAAACUGAUUUUUAUGAAAAUGUAGGAAAUUUUAUUGGGAUUAAUAACGGAUUUGUAUAUGUAUACCUUAACGGUAUGUUGGUUUAAUAGAAUGAAACAGGAUUAGAAGAUAGCGAACCAAGUCUACCCGAUUCAGCAAAACUCACCCAGCCUCCUGCGGAAUACAUGGAUCUCAUAGAAGUCAACAAACAUGAUAGAAAAGCACAAAGUACCGCUUCAGGUGCUGAUUACGUGCCUCUUCAUCCGUUAACACGCUGCUGGGAAGUUCCAAGACACCACGUGACCAUAGAAAAAAUUAUUGGUAAAGGUGCUUUUGGUCAGGUUGCCAAGGGAACAGCAGUAGGACUUCAAGGGAGUCCUGAAGCGACCACAGUGGCUAUUAAGAUGCUUAAAAGUGAGUUCUUGAACUGUAAAUUGAAUGACAGUCUUGGCCUACAGUCAUAUACUGUUACCGGGUUACGUAACUUUUGGCUAUUUGUCAUUCGAUAACUUAUGUCGCUAUUCGACAUUUUGCAUAUUAUUUCCGUUAACCAAAUUUUACUCCUUGUUUUUAACGCUCCAGCAAACGCUACUGAAUCGGACAAGAGAGAUUUGAUGAAAGAACUUGACACAAUGAAGCAGCUGAAACCACAUCCUUAUGUCAUUAAACUUCUGGGAUGCGUUACAGAAUCUGGUAAGCUUUGAUUAUGAGGUCCAAUUUUGCUGUACACAUUUUGCAUCUGAUUUACUCUGUAACGCUUUCUCGUCAUUGAUAAUUUGCUUCAAUGGAAGAUUCACUGCUUCACAAUCGCGCACAAAAAACAACCAUCGCAUAUGGUAAUUUUAUCCUUUUUUAGCUAACAGCGACGCUCUUAGAUUUGCUGAUAGACGAAGACCAAAUAUUUGCCAUUGUACAAGCCAUUCUGUUGCAUGAGCAGAAUCGUUUUUUCUAAGGGAAUAUUUGGCCUGUAUCUUCUUAUGAGACCGUUACAAAGUUUUUCAGCUUUUCUUCGUAAAACUACAUCUUGUUUUCGUGCGAUUUCUUCAAAAGUAUUGAACCUGACUGUGCUAUUUAUUUAUUUUACUUAUUGCUAAUUUUUUUAGAGGGAGAAAUAUAUAAAUGAAACUGUUUAAUUUCUUCAGAACAGCUGCUGGUUUUGAUUGAAUAUGUGCCUUUUGGGGAUCUGCUGGGUUACCUGAGAAAGAGCCGUGGAUUAAAAGACACUUACUUCAAAGACCCGGAUAUCAAACCACAAACAAAUCUGACGUCACAGCAGCUGAUGAAGUUUGCGUGGCAAAUUGCUGAUGGAAUGAGUUAUUUGUCCUCAAAAUCUGUAAGUUAAUUACAAAGGCACCAAAGAAGAACAAUUUUAAAACCUUCUUGUAAGGUGUAUCGUCAUGUGAAGCUAUGUCUUGCAUAGAAUAAUAUGUCUUCACAAGAUCACGCCCGGGAUAUGCAAACGUAUUCUUACCGUCUCGUUGAGGCUGUUUCCGGGAACCCUACCAGUUUUGACGUCAUCACCAAAGUUAUAUUUCAGUGUGCGAAUGGCGAUAUUUGUGCAUCGCUGCAAGUGCACCUCAUCGAAAUUAAAUAUCUGGGUUUUUCUCGUGUAGGCAAAGGCAGAGAUGUGAAUGAAUAGGAUCUUUUAUUCAGCCUAAACUGAGUGUACAACGAAUAUCCAUUUUAGUGACAAGAAAGAAAAGGAAUUAAAACUUGAAAUUCAAAAAUUCGUCUUUUGUUGCUAAACUGCUACAUUACAGAAUCCUAUUUCGAAUAAAAUCUUAAGAUAAGCUUUCUAUGAAAUAAUUAGGUAUUGCAGAAAUGAAGUAGUUUGCUUCCCUUUGGAAGAUGGAGCAGUAACUAUAAUAAUUUUAAUUUUCUGCCAUCUGGAAGAAAGAGAAAUACACACACCAUAUUAUGUCGCUGGAUAUUUCUAUAUUCCUAUCUGAAUCAUUUCAUUUCAGUUCUUUUUCUUCUGAAAUCGCUAAUUUUUGCUCUCGUAUCAAUGCUUUCUUAGAUCAUUCACCGAGACCUUGCGGCUCGUAAUGUGUUGGUUGGACAAAAGGAAACUUGUAAAGUGACAGACUUCGGAAUGGCCAGAGAUGUGCAGCAGGAAAAUAUUUAUGAACGAAAGACUAAGGUAAUCAAGAAAGAGGGGAGGUGGGGGCGGUACUACAUAUCGUUCAGUUCAAUUAUCUUUCACAAUCAUUGUUGUGAUAAAGCUGAUAUACUCCUGAUUUCGAUGACAAAAUCCUUGGAUGGGACCAUAAUGAAAACAGCCAUUUGUAUACGAGUAUAAUUUUAAAUAUCACUGUCUUUGACCGGUCGCUUCCUAUAAUUUUUUAGCUGUUUCAAAAAGUGAUAUUUGAAAUCUUUAGGGCCGUCUUCCAGUGAAGUGGACAGCUUAUGAGGCCUUGAUGUAUGGUAAAUAUACCACCAAAAGUGAUGUGUAAGUAUACCCGAUUAUUACCCGUAGCAAUUUUCCAACAAGUUUUACCAAUAGAAUAAGAGGAAGGGUAAGUUUUGGGCUCGGUAAAGAAAUAGAGAAAGAUGUUUUUCAUCCUCUCACGAGCGUUGGACAAUGAAAAUAUUCUUCACUCCCCUUGAGGAAUCGAACCUCAGACCAUCGGAUUCCGCGCUCCGAUGCUCAUACCACUGAGCCACAGAGACUCUACGACUCUAUUCUCUUGCAUACUGCAAGGAUCAGCAAUGUCGAUAGAGUCAUGUUUGUAAAUAAAAAUAAGAGAGAGAAUCGGAGCGCGGAAUCCGAAGGUCUGAGGUUCAAUUCCUCGUGGGGACUCAAAAUUUUUCCUUCGUCCCACAAUCGUGACAAGACGAAAAACAUCUUUCUCUAAGUUUUAUCAGUUUCAAUCAGGACAUGAAUUCUAUGCUUUGUCAAAGAAUACAUAUAUUUUAGUUGUCGUAUAAAAUGUUUAUGCCUUCAGUCACCCAAUAUAUAUUUGUUUGAUUUGUCUUUCUGCAGAUGGAGUUAUGGAGUUUUGCUGUACGAGAUUUUUACCAUAGGUAACAUCGAAUGGAAAUUUAUAAGGCCCUGUCUAUGUUUUUUGCUAUAUACCAUGUUCAAUUAAGCAAUGUAAGGUGUUCACUUAGACAAACGUAAAAAGCUUCAAACAUCAAAUGACAUGGGUGGUGUUUCAGUGAAGGUGGUUUUUUCGUCACAUUUAUAUUUCGAUGGUCUUAUGGCUCUUCCAGGUGGUUCACCUUACCCACGAAUGGAUGGAAGAAAAAUUGCAAACUUACUCCAGGAAGGAUACAGGAUGCCUAAACCACAACACGUUGAUGAGGAAUUGUAAGUGUUUUUUCAAUUCGUUCUCUCUCAUCCUACAAGGAAACGUUCUUUAAAUCUCUAACAGAUCAUUUGAACAAUACCAGGUAUCAGAUUAUGAUGAAGUGCUGGAAGAAUGACCCAGAUGCAAGACCAACUUUUACUGAAUUGAAAAAUCAGCUUAAGGACAUGGAAACCCUACACAAGGUGAGAAUUUUCUUCAACAUGAAAGUUUCUUUUGACGUUAGACCGACUAACUUAGGCUUAGCUAAUUAGGGUUUUAAACUUAAUAGCGUUUAGCUUAGAUAGCGUACUUUUUACGAAGUUGGGAUUGCAUCUUCUUGUUAUGUCACUGAAGCUAGCACUCCACGAAAAACAAGGAGGAAGCGAACUAGAAUGUCCUUGCGACAAUUGACUCAUUAUGGUUAUUUAAAAGAUGGUAGGAUUAUUGCAAAAUUGUAUUGAGACGCACAAAGAGCAGCAAACGACACCGUAAAAUACUUUCUUGAAUUUGUUUUGGUGUGAAAAGUUGACCACUUGUGAGGAUAAACGCUUAUAACGUAAGAGGAACACUUUUUUAAUGAUGCCAAUUAUUAUAUUAUUCUUUUCUGCAGAAGCUGAUCAACAUGACAAUGUACGACAAGCAGUUGUAUGCAAACGUCGAGGAUUUAAUGGUGUAGUUAGAUAGAUUUCCGCGGUAUAUGACCGGCUAAUAGUUUGAACACUUUGCCACAACAAGUUUCAGGGCUGAAUCAUCUUUUCCUCACACGCUUACUUGGUAGAAAAAGCCAUUUUGUGUUAAGCAAUUAGGCUGGAACGUUAUAACUCGAUUGAUUUUAUAUUCUUAAACGCUGUAACGCUUUUAUCAGUUUACCGAUAAAGUAUACUCUCAUUUUCUCUUUUACAUGUUUAGCACUUACACGCAUGCUCGACACAAGCGUUGGAGUUCAGUUUAUUUUCUGACUCAAUUCUGAAAGGCAGGAUAGUGCAGAAAAUAUCCAAUUAACUAGAUUGAUGAGAUCUCGUUCUGUGUGCCGUAGUUGUCUGCAGUUUUAGUAAAUUGCUAAAAAAUUGUUUUGCCGCAAAACCCGCUUGGUUUUAGGAAAGCUAUCCGGCGCAUAAACUGCUUUCCCUAAGACUGCAUCUACCAGCGAUACUAACUCGAAAUACUUUUACACUGAAAGUAUUAUUAAUUAAAAAUUAGCCUUAUCCUAAUAAAAAUUAUAAUUGGCACAUUACUUGUGCAAUCGUCUUAGCUUUGAGAGAUGAAUUUGCUGAAAAUUGUAUAUAAAAUUUUGAAGAUUUUUGCCCAGAGGGAAAUGACUAUUUCCUAAAUUUUCUACGGGAAACGAAGUGUAGAGAAAUUGUGAAAUACAUGGUAUGGUAAGACCACAAGAAGCUAAAUUUUAAGAUCUGAUUUAUGCAGGUAAAUAACUUUAUCUCCUAGGAUUUGUCGCCACAAUCAGGAGCAUGUCGCGAAAGUGUGAUAAAUAUUUAACACCUACCAUUAAAAUGCACAGGUUUAACCCCUGGAGAUGUUUAUUAAAUCAUUAGUGCUCUCUCGAGUAGCCUGGAGAGGAUAAAAAAAAAAUAAAAUAAUGAGAACGGGUGCUGACCAUACAAUUUUGGAACAGUCAACAAAAGUUAGUGCUCUGGGAAUUAUUGGUAGUUAUCGUCACGUAAACUGCGCUUUGUCGUGAAAGAGGAAAU